UAACACACACAGAGGCUGAAAAAGAAACUAUAGAUGCAAGAAAAACAAGAGAACACAGCCGACAUGCAAGCUCUAAAACAGUUAAACCAACACAGCAAACCAAGAAACCAGGAAAUAAUAACAAAGAAACUACCAGGUCUUUAGGUAGGCGACAAAAUGAAGGAGUUAAAGAAUUGCAAACAGAAAAGUUUGAUGCUGAAACCGUACGUAAGAGCUCACUUCUGUAUCAUGAACCAACAAUACAUGUUGACAAAGAGCUGCACUCAAAACAUAGUGGAAAGGAAAAGAUUGAGGUACCACACACAAAGCAAGCUCCUGAAGCAUAUUGGUUUGGGCUGGGUACCGAUACCAAAAUAUCCAAGAAAGGGCCACAAGAAAAAAGUGCAAAGGAGCUCUUACAGUCAAAAAAGAGUCUGCAGAAGAACAUGUAUCGUGGGGAUAUGGAUUGGACUGACAACAACAUCUUGUUUACAAGUCAAGAAGAAAGUAAACCUAGAAAAUACACAGUGCCAGACUAUGGAGGUAACAGAGGAGACGAAACAUACAGGGUUGAGAGCAACGGGAAUAUUAGGAACCGACAAGCAAGCAUGGCAGUUGUUGAGGACAAUGAAAAGUCGAACAGAGCUGUGAACAAUGCAAGGACUCAAGAUGGUGGCUAUUUCCUACAAACAAAAUCAUCACCACAAAUGGAGACAACCUAUGGAGUCUUGGUUGAGGGGGGAAAUGUUAAAACUGCCACUUCAAGAGUAAGGGAAAAGUCGGAGGGGCUUACGAUUGCUCCUCGUGGUCAAGCCGAGGAUGAUCUAUUGUUGGACAUCUGGGGGUUGAAAGAAUCUGACUUGUCAGGUAAAAUUCACCUUGGGCACUUCCCGUGGAAGCCUACACAAGCCAGCGGGCUGAAGUUCUCAGGAAACACGCAGGCAGAUCGUAACGUGCAGUACAAACGUCAGACAGAUCCAGCUACUGAAGCGGCAGGUAAAAGUGAACCAAGAAGACACAAACUAUUUGUGGAACACAAAGGACAAUCAAAAGACGACACAUCUGCACUCGUAUACAGAUCAGAUCUUUUGGACGCUUCUCAGUCGGAAUCCCAGAUUGAAGAGCUUGGGCUGAAAACCCACAGACCAAGCGCUAGACCCAUGUCACCACUAAAAGUUACCACCAACUUCAGACUCAAUACUGGUAUAGAAGACGAUCAUUCGGAUGCAAGAGGAAAAUACUUUGAUUCGGUAAACAAAUUUGAACUGACAGGAGAGAGAGCAGAAGGAAGGAAUGGUUUAGGUGAAAGAUCACGGGAAUUUGGUCGCAAAACAUUGUUUGAAGAAAAGACGUCACCUAUGAGCAGAGCAAGGAUAGCGACUUCUCCCCAGCCAAGAAGGAUUGAGUCUACACGAGACUUCAUUCGGCGCUCUUGGGAUAAGAAUGACUUUGCUAGACAAAGUCCGCCACAGCGUGCGCACCAACGGAAGCACAGCUCGCAUUCCAAGACGUCCAGUUCUCCGGAGAGACAUCUUGAAGCUGUGAGGUUCUAUGUGGAACAGAAGCUGAGAAAAGGAAUGGAGGAGGAACAAGUUGCCAGAGAGGGGUCUGUGACAGGGGAAGAGGAAAGUCGGACAGAUUUUGUCGCUCGGUGGGUUCAGUCGGUAGAAAAUUGUCCUGAAGACUCUGCCCAAACUCCACGACUUCUGGACGCAACAGAAGAAAGUUCAGCAAGAGAACACGAGAAAGAAGACCCACAACUCAGCCCUGUAUCUAGAACGCUCAAAAAUCUUGGACUCGGUCAUGUCAAAUUCAGAGCUGAAAAUCCAACUGUUCAAGGACAAACAGAAGUGACAAAGAUAGACACAAGAAACAGUGAUACUGUCAAGGAAGAUGGAAACCACGCCAAGGAGUCCACCUCACCACUCCUUAGCCCAGUCUCAAGAACGCUAAGAAAACUUGGGUUUGGAUACAUGAAGGGAACUCAAGAUGGAGCAACAAAUAGCAGCAAGAGGCUACUGGUCAAGAUCUGUCCAAACUGUACAGAGGAUAAUGACUUAGACGCUGCUUGGUGCACAGAAUGUGGCUCUGCCCUGGUUGGUAUGGACUCAUCGCCUAGCAACCAUCACCAUGGUGAUGUCACCACACCUAGCAACAGCACACCCAGGGCUCAAAAACACCAGGUCAAUGACCUACAGGCUGAAAGAUACAAACUCUUUCAAGGGCAGGCAAAUCAAGUAACAAGUAAAAGAAGUGGCGGUGACAAAUUUACUGCUCCAGUUUCUGACAGUUUCAAUGGUACAUUCCCAAAUAAUCCGACUUCUCAUGGUUACACAAUGUCUGCAGAUAGCUUUUAUGCAAGCCACAAGGAAGCUACAGAUGCAGCAUUAGACAAGCAUCUCACAGAAAAUGUACCUAAAAGUUCCCACAAUCUUCAAACUGUAAGCAAUGCCCAAGACCCUACCCUUCCAUCCAAUGAUCUCAGUGAUUUUUUUGGCCAGCAUAUUCCAGUCCCAAGCUACAGAUCACACGCAAAGUAUCCUCUUCUAAGCCAGAAUGCACAUGUAGACAAGGAUGGGAGGGAUGCUAGACACUGGGACUGGCAGGGAAGCCCUUCUAAAGAUGAUGAACUCACUAUGAAAAUCUCAGAGGAAAGCCCGGGUCUAGAGAGAGCAAUACAGCAACGUACUGCAUCCGUUGAAGACAUUAAAGCAAAAGAGCUACCUCCUGUCCAAAGUAGCGACAAGAUCAUAUUUGAAAGAUCCCGAUCUAGUCAUGAUUGUAGCAACUUUGCAGAAACGGACAGUUGGAUGGUGUCUUCACGCCACAAGCAGCUUCCAAGCAAAGAAGAGCUGCGUUUGGCUCUCGACAGUGACUCGAGUGAUGAUGACAGGCCGAAAGAAAAGAGAAAGCUCGUACAGAACACAAACAUUCCUGUUGAUGCAAGCUUAAGGAACUCAAGAAAUGUCGAUGCUAGAAACGACAUGCUUGUAGAACACAACCCACAAGAGUCUUUUGAAGGAGACGAGGAAUGGAACACACAUCCUUAUGGAAUAAAAGAAAGACAGGAUUCUACAAAACCAGGAGAAAGAGCAGCACCACAACUGCAGCAAAGCAAAGAGCCUCAACUUAGAAAAGGGAAACAGAAACCCCAGAGUGCUAGCCAAGGAGCAUCAUACAUCACACAAGGGUACAAAAGACACUGGCGAAGGUCCAGUAUUGCCUGGGAUUCCUACAACCCUGGUGAACUGAACACAAGAUCAAGUGUGGUCAAAAGUGGCGAGAAGAGAAAGAAUGCUGGGGUGAAGCAAAGGACAGUAGGUUUUGACUUGAGUACCGAGUCAGCAAGCAGUACUAGUGGAGACAGCAAACCAUCUAGGAGGAGACCUGCCAGUGCAGGUCAGAGGUCAACAGGUCAGGGGUCAAGUUCAGGUGAAAGGUCAGUGAAUGCAUCUGGAGGUCAGAGGCCAUGGUCGGCUUCAAGGUCAUCCACAGCCAUCAGGGAAUUUGAAGAGGACUUUCUGUCAAUUCACAGUGCAAGCUUCUCUAUGGGAAAAGGUUCCUCCAAACCUGUGAUGAAGUAUCAUCUAGACAACCAGACAUAUGCUAAAAUUCUUACCAUGACCCCCCGUGGAGACAGUGAUGAGAGCCCGUGGUUGUUCCUGCCUGAUGAAUUACUGUUGUACAUCCUGGGUUUCCUGUCCCAGUCUGACCUGGCCAGGGUAGCCUCCACGUGUCAGCACUUCUACAGGGUAGCCAUGGACGAAUCUCUCUGGAGAAACAUCACACUGACCAAGAGGACUGACUUGAGUGAUGAGAUGCUGGGUUACAUAGGCCAGCACAGUCCACAAACUCUGAGACUUCUCCAGUGUACAGGCGCUACAGUCACAGAGAGGGGGCUCAGGGACCUUUUCAAAGGUUGUAAGGACUCUCUAAAGGAGCUGAAUUUCAGUGGAUGCAGUGGAGGAGCUCUAACAGGGGACCUGGUUCUACUCCAUGCCUCCUCCAGAUGUCACAACAUCACAUCUCUGGAUGCCAGCUGGAGCAACGCUACUAACAACGGAGCUAUGGCUGUAGCAGACAUCAGUAAAAGACUGGAGGUUCUAUGUGUGAACGGGUGCCAGAGUAUCACAGACGAAGCGCUGAAUUACGUAGUGAACAGACAUGGCGGCACUCUGCAGGUGCUGGAGGUCUUCGGAUGCUUCAACAUCACGCAGCAAUGCCUGCUGGGAAUGUCCCAAAACUGCUCUAACCUCAGGGUCCUCAACAUGGGACAGUGUUACAAGGUUACUGACAAACUGAUCAGACAGAUGGCUGGGAAACUGAAGAGUUUGGAAGUCUGGGAUCUGAGAGGAUGCAAACAGGUUCAAGAUGAGUCGGUGCACCAGAUAGUGCGCUGCUGCAGUAGACUACAGACCGUCACCCUGGCUAACUGUCCUCUGGUCACUGAUGUGGCUCUGGUGGAAAUUGCUACAUAUCUUCCAAACGUCCGGUGUGUUGAUGUGAGUGGCUGCAGAAAUGUGACUGACUCUGGUGUUCGGGCAUUUGCCAAUAACAGCAAACAGCUGACAUACAUAGACCUCAGCUCUACUGCCAUCACAACUAAAAGUGUAACCCUGCUGGGCAGCUAUUGUAACAGAACUCUGGAGACUGUCAAACUCAGCUUCUGUGACAUCACUGAGUCUGCUGUGGUCAAACUGGUCAAGAACUGUCCAAGACUUCAGACCCUCCAUGUGAUAGGUUGUAAGCGGAUCAGGAAUGACGGUGCAAUCAAGGUGGCAAACAGCAAGGUGGCUGUGGAACUGGGCAGGAAGUAACACAGUCUCAAGACUUAACCCUCGUCCUACUAAGGUAGCCGUUUGGCACCAAAUUUGUAUCAGGCCACACCAAUUUGAUAUAUUGCUUCUUGGAUAUUUUCAGAAAAAAUAUGAAGU